AUGAACAGUGAGGCUCCACUCAGACUCCUGGACCUGGCAUGCCAGAGCCUGCUGAGGGAUGAAGCCUCGGCCAUUGCUGCAGUGGAGUGGCUGCCUAUGGAGCUCUUCCCACCUCUGUUCACGGCUGCCGUGGCUGGGAGGCACAGCAAUGUCCUGAAGGCUCUGGUGCAGGCUUGGCCCUUCCCCUGCCUCCCUCUGGGGGCCUUGUUGAACCAUCAACAGCCUUACCAUGAUAUCUUGCAGGCUGUGCUCGAUGGGCUAGAUGCCCUGCUUUCCCAGGAGACUCGACCAAGACGGUGGAAAAUGCAGAUGCUGAAUUUACAGAAGGGAGCUCAUCAGGAGUUCUGGAUUGUGUGGGCCGGAAUCAGAGCUGAUGUGUGCUCACUGCUGGAUCCUGAGGCCCCACAGCCCAUGAGGAGGACGGGGAAACUGGAGAGAUUAACAAAGGGGCCAAAGCCACCCUCGGCCCCAAUGGAGGUGUUAGUAGAUCUUUGCCUCAAGAGUGGUGUCCUUGACGAAUCCCUCAGUUACCUUAUUAAGAAAGUCAGCCAGAGGAGAGGUUUGCUGCACCUUUGCUGUAAGAAGCUGAAGGUUUAUGCUGUGUCAAAGGAAAACAUUAACAUCCUGGGUAUGGUGCAGCUUAACUCUGUCCAGGAUUUGAAGUUAAAUUGUACCUGGAAGCUGUCCACUCUGAGGAAGUUCACUCCUUUCCUGGGCCAGAUGGGCAAUCUGCGUCGGUUCCUCCUCUCCCAUGUCUUUACAUCUUCUCACACCACCUUGGAGCAGGAGGAGCAUUGUGUUAGCCUGUUCACCUCUCAGUUCCGCAGGCUUUCCUGCCUCCAGGAGCUCUAUUUGCAUGAUGUCUCCAUCCUCAAAGGCCGCUUGGACCAGAUCCUCAGCUGCCUGAAGACUCCCUUGGAGACUCUGUCCAUCACUAGCUGCAUGCUCUUAGAAAGUGACUUGAGACAUCUCUCCCAGCAUCUGAAUGUCAGCCAGCUGAAAGUCCUGAAUUUAUGGAGGCUCAACCUGACCGACAUCAGUUCUGGGCCCCUCCAAUUGCUGUUAGAGAGAGCCUCCCCCACCUUGCAGGAAUUGUACUUGGAUGAGUGUGGUAUCAUGGACUCCCAGUUCAUGGACCUGCUGCCUGCCUUGAGCCACUGCUCUCAGCUCAUGACCCUAAGCUUCUGUGAAAACACCAUCUCCAUGACCGUCCUGGAGGACCUGCUUCGCCACACAAUCAGGCUGAGCAAGCUGAAUUGUAUGCUGUAUCCUGCCCCCCUGGAGAGUUUCGACGAAAGGAGCAACAACAUCAUCAACCUGGGCCUACUUGCCCAGGUGCAUGAGGGGCUGAAGCAUAUGCUGCAGGAGUUGGGGCGCCCAGGCAUGUUCUGGUUCUAUGCUUACCCCAGUCCUCAUGGUGUCUAUAGAAACUUCUAUAACCCAAACCCCAUUCUGUGA